AUGGUAUCUACAAAAAAAAGAACAUUGAUCGAUCCUUAUUCUGGAUAUACAAUUAUUGGCUCGAGCAAAAAAAGAAGAAAAUCUAAAAAGAGAAGAAGUGACCAAAAAAACCUGCCUGCGAAAGAUUACAACGGCGUCAUAGUGUCCUAUGACCAGUCCACAAUACCUAAAGACAUGAUAAAGUAUUAUUCUCAAAGAUAUACUUAUUUUUCCAAAUUCGACGAGGGCAUUUUGAUGGACAAAGAGGGCUGGUUUUCUGUCACCCCAGAGCUUAUUGCUAGCCAUAUAGCUCAACGGUGUCAAUCAGAUGUAGUAGUUGACGCGUUCUGUGGUUGUGGUGGCAAUUCAAUUCAAUUUGCCUUCACUUGUGAGCGUGUUAUUGCCAUCGAUAUUGAUCCUGUGAAACUGCAUUGCGCUCGUGAAAACGCGAAAAUUUAUGGUGUAGCAGAUCGGAUAGAAUUUAUUUUAGGCAAUUUCUUCGAGUUGGCACCUUCUUUAAAGGCUGAUGUUGUAUUCCUGUCCCCACCUUGGGGUGGCCCUGCUUAUAUGUCUGAAGAUGUAUAUGAUUUGAAAACAAUGAUACCCGGUGAUGGUUUGAAUGUAUACCAAAUUGCAUCAAAAAUAACACCUAAUAUUGCUUAUUUUGUUCCUCGCAAUACAAACCCUGAACAGCUGGCCCAACUGGCAGGUCCAGAUAGCACAUGCGAAAUUGAACAGAAUGCAUUGAAUGGGAAAGUGAAAGCAUUGACAGCUUAUUAUGGGGACCUUAUCAACUAUUCACAUUUAGCACACCUAGAAGCCGAUAUUGCCGAGGAAGAGCUCAUUGCCCAAAUUGUACAAUAUUAA